AUGAUGCAAGGUAGAUACAUAGAUAAUCCUUUAUUGGAUAAAGUUGUUGUUGUUGAUCAUCACCAAAUUACAUUUCAAUCAUUACAAUUACUAGCAGAGACACAAUUCAUUGAAUCAUUUCAAUCAAUUGAUAAACAAUUAUUAGUGAAUCAACCAAAUAUAAAUAUACUUACUUUGUUCUUCAUAUUUUCAAAAAGAGAUGAUAAUAGUAUUUAUACAGGUGCACCUGGAUUAUGUUUAUUUUAUUUAAUUCAAUAUUUGGUACCUACAAGUUGUAAAUAUCCACAAACAGAUUCAUUAAUUCAAUCAUUAAAUCGUUGUAAAGAAUUAUAUAAUCAUUUAAACAAUAACAAGAAAAAGACUAGUAGUAAUAGUGAAAAAAAGAAAAGAAUUACAUUUCUUGAAGGUGAAAAUGGUUUAUUGACAAUUGGUAUCAUACUUGGUUCAAUUGAUUUAAUUAAUGAUAAUAAUAAUAAUAUAGAUUUAAAAAAUCAAUGGAUAAAAUUAUUAAAUGAAAUAAUUAUAGAUAACUAUAACUCUUUAUUUGAAUCAUAUCCAUUUGAAUUAUUAUAUGGAAAAUGUGGAUAUAUUCAAAAUCUAUUAUUUAUUAGAAAAUAUUGUUUUGAUACUUUGGUAUCAACUAAUCAAUUAUUAAGGUUAGAUAAAUGUAUUUAUGAUUUAGUUGAUCAUAUUGUAGAACAAGGUAGAUUAUAUUCAAAACAAAAUUCAAUAUCUUCACCAUUAAUGUAUGAAUGGCAUCAUUCACAAUAUUUGGGUGGUGUUCAUGGUCUAGCUGGUAUAUUAUACAUUUUAAUGAAUUGUUUGGAAUUGAUUGAUGAUGAAUCAGAUAAAAAGUUAAAUAUAUCAAAUGAUAUUAAAGGAUCAUUGGAUUAUUUAAUGUCAACUAGAUUGGAAUCUGGUAAUUUUCCAACUAGACCAGAUAAUACAAAUGAUCGUUUAGUUCAAUUUUGCCAUGGUGCUCCUGGUGUCAUUCCAACAUUAUUAAAGGCACAUUCCUUUUUCAAAGAUUCAAAAUAUUUAGAGUGUGCCAAGAUAUCAUCAGAUGUAAUUUGGAAGUAUGGAUUAUUAACCAAAGGUACAGGGUUAUGUCAUGGUAUUUCUGGUAAUGCUUAUUCAUUCCUUUUAAUAUACAAGGAAUCCAAAGAUGAAAAGGAUAUUUCAUAUCUUUGGAAAACAAUAGAAUUUAUUAAAUUGGCAACCUCUCAAUCAAUUCUCAAACAACAAUCACAACCUGAUAAUCCAUACUCUUUAUUUGAAGGUUUAACUGGUCUUGCUUGGUUAUUAAAUGAUUUAAUUAAUUUAUUUAAAUAUAAACAAUCAUAUUUAAAUCAAAUUCAUUUUCCAACUUUAUUAUAA